CUCAUUUCUUCACACACUUUCAUUUCCCCCCUUUUUUCUCUUUCAAAACCCUAACCCUAAUUUCCCCCAAAUCACUCAAAAAUGUUGGAGCUACGGUUAGUUCAGGGGAGCCUCUUGAAGAAGGUGAUGGAAUCGAUAAAGGAUCUAGUCAACGACGCCAAUUUUGACUGCUCCGCCACCGGAUUCUCGCUUCAGGCGAUGGACUCCAGCCACGUGGCGCUGGUGUCUCUGCUUCUCAGAUCGGAAGGUUUCGAACACUACCGGUGUGACCGGAACAUUUCUAUGGGGAUGAAUCUGAAUAAUAUGUCGAAGAUGUUGAAGUGUGCUGGAAAUGAUGAUAUUAUCACUCUUAAGGCUGAUGAUGGCAGUGAUACUGUAACUUUUAUGUUUGAGAGUCCUACUCAAGAUAAGAUUGCUGAUUUUGAGAUGAAACUAAUGGACAUCGAUAGCGAGCAUCUUGGCAUUCCGGAAGCUGAGUAUCAUGCCAUUGUAAGGAUGCCCUCAGCUGAGUUUGCAAGAAUCUGUAAAGAUCUCAGCAGUAUUGGUGACACAGUUGUUAUCUCUGUAACCAAAGAAGGUGUGAAGUUCUCAACAAGAGGUGAUAUCGGAACUGCAAAUGUUGUUUGCAGACAGAACACAACAGUUGAUAAGCCUGAAGAAGCUACUGUCAUUGAGAUGAAUGAGCCAGUUUCUCUAACAUUUGCAUUGAGGUAUAUGAACUCUUUCACCAAAGCCACACCAUUGUCGAGUACUGUCACAAUCAGCUUAUCUUCUGAGCUUCCAGUGGUUGUUGAGUACAAAAUAGCUGAAAUGGGCUACAUAAGGUUUUACUUGGCUCCUAAGAUUGAAGAAGAUGAUGAAGAAAACAAAUCAUGAAAACUUUUGAGGUAUCAGACUUCAUAAAUGGCUAGUUUAUGACUAAAUUUACCCUUUGAUUUCAAAAGUCUCUAGCAUGUAACAAGAAUUUGAAGCUUACUUGUCAUUAUUGUUAUGUUGGAUAGUGGAAUGCUUAUGUAGGUUUUUUUUUUGUUUUUAUGAACUUUGAAAUUAGUUGUUUCCCAUUUCGUUAGUCAGAUCAUGAGAUAUUUGUGAUGGUAA